AAUAAAAAGUUACUGAUAAAUAUAACUAUAAUUCUCGUACAAUUUUGGACCAUCUAAUUCUAAGAAAAAAAUAGAAAAGGUUGUGUGUGAUUAAUAUCUUUUAUGAAAAGAAGGAAAUUAUUAGCCAACUCUUCAAUGCAUGUGACGUCAUUUGCGUGUAAACACUGUUUUGUCCUUGAAAAUAAAUCGAAACUGCGAGAGAGACACACCAUUGCUAAGAACACCCAAACUAAAAAGCAAUUUUUUCUGGUGCGCUAGUAUCAAAUAGUUUAGGAAGAAGCUGAAAAGCUUAUGAAUUCAGCUUUAAAAAUUUAAAAGAGAAUUUAUUUUUAUAUGUGUUUACUGUAAAGGAUUAAAGAAUACAUUUGUUUACUGUUUGAUCAUGUUUUCCAACGCAGCAAAAUUCAAAAGCCAUUUCUUGAAGGUUUGUGAAGUUUGAAAGUAAUGAGCUCUUUUCCAAAUACAAACUACAGCCAUCCUUUCAGUGUCGAACUUCAAGAUCAAAAUAUGUCUACUGCAUUGUAUCCAGCAUUAGAUGAGGCGGUAACUAUAACAAAUCAACCCGGUGCUAAAAUUCCAGGAUUGAAUGGCAACAGGAUUGAAAUUCCUAGUGGAAUGUCAGCGGACAAUCCUGCGCUGGAAUAUCUUAAGAUGGUUGAUCAACUCAUUGUGCACCAAAAAGUUGAAGUGUUAGAAACAUGCUUGGGCUGUGAAACUAGAAAUAAAUAUACUAUUAAAAACAGUAUGGGACAACCUAUCUAUUCAGCUGUCGAAGAUACAGACUGUUGCGCUCGUAAUAUAUGUGCGCAAAUAAGACCGCUAGAUUUGCAAAUAUUGGAUAACAGAGAAAGAGAAGUCAUUCAUUUGUAUCGUGAAUUGCGCUGCCAAUCUUGCUGUUGCCCAUGCUGCUUGCAGCGUUUGGAAAUUUAUUCUCCUCCAAGCCACCUAUUAGGGGUAGUUAUACAAGAAUGGAGUCUACUUGCUCCUAAUCUUAGUGUGCAGACACCGGAAGGUGAAACUCUAUUUACAAUUGAAGGUCCUAUCUGUACCUUUUCCUGUUGUAGUGACGUAGAUUUUCCUGUGUAUAAUGCUAGAAAUGGCAAAAAUAUUGGCAAAAUAACAAAGCAAUGGUCCGGACUGGGAAGAGAAGCGUUUACUGACGCAGACCAUUUUGGAGUAUCUUUUCCCCUGGAGUUAGACGUCAAUCAGAAAGCCAUGCUACUGGGAACUCUUUUUCUUCUUGAUUUGAUGUACUUUGAAAGACAGAAUUGAAUACUACAACUCGAUCGGAAAACACCUUUAUUUAUUACUCGAUGUUCUCAAUUCAAACUCUAUGUCAAUUUAUAAAAUCUAAUUGUGAAUGUUUAUAUUUAUAUGUAAUGAAUUUUAAUAUAUUGCAUCCAUGUUUUCUAAAUACGUAAAAUUUUCAAUGAUUGGAUGGAUAUUGAUGUGACUCGA